UACAACUUAAAGACACUCCACAAUGGCCAUGGGCAAAGGUUUCAAGCUCUUUCACACCCUUUUCUUAGUGGUUGCUUGGCAAUGUUGUGCGAAAGUAGGUGCCACUUUUGGCGAUGUCACUGGUGCUGUAAAUCUCGAUGAUCAAUUUUCAUUUCGUGCCACUGGAUCACAUGACACAAAAGCCCCAGUGACUGCUCCAAUUGGAAGUAGCACAGAAGUCCAAGUGGAUGCACCAUUUGGAAGCAUCGCUCAAACUCCAGAGGCUCUAACCCCAGAGGGUGCAUCGGUUGGAAACAUUGCUCUAACCCCAGAGGGUGCAUCGGUUGGAAACAUUGCUCUAACCCCAGAGGGUGCAUCGGUUGGAAGCAUUGCUCUAACUCCAGAGGGUGCAUUGGUUGGAAGCAUUGCUCAAACUCCGGAGGGUGCAUCGGUUGGAAGCAUUGCUCAAACUCCGGAGGUUGCACCAGUUGGAAGCAUUGCUCAAAUCCCAACCAUUCCACCAGUUGGAAGCAUUGCUCAAAUCUCAACCAUUGCACCAAUUGGAAGCAUUGCUCAAAUCUCAACCAUUGCACCAAUUGGAAGCAUUGCUCAAAUCUCAACCAUUGCACCAAUUGGAAGCCUGGCUCAAAUCUCAACCAUUGCACCAAUUGGAAGUAUUGCUUAAAUCCCAACCAUUGACCAAUUGGAAGCAUUGCUUAAAUCCCAAACAUUGCACCAAUUGGAAGCAUUGCUCAAACCCCAACCAUUGCACCCAUUGGAAGUAGCACAAAAGUGGGAGAAGUGGGAGAGUAGUAUUGCUAUGCAUAGAGGUUUCUUUGGCUAUUAACAAAGUAAAACCUAAGCUAAGCUAAAUCAUUAUUUUUUUUUGACAAAUUCAUUAUU